CCAUUUGUCUAUUCUUAAGCAUCUAAGAAGGUACCCAUUUUAUGAUAUGGCUUCAACUACGACAGUUGACAAUUCCAAAAGGAAAGAAAAAUCUCCUGAAGAGUCUAGUUGUAGAAAAAUUCCCCUGCUGUGCUUUGACAAACAAGACAAUGAAUCAUCAACAUGUGUGAUUUGCCUUGAGAUAAUCACGAACAAAUCUUUUGCAAACAAAUGCUUGCACAAGUUCUGCUUUGAGUGUUUGCUCAAGUGGUCUGAACAAAAAGCAGAAUGUCCAUUAUGCAAUGGACCUUUUACUGCAAUCAUACACAAAGUAAAAUCUGAUCAAGAGUACGAUGAACACAUAAUUGAGUCAAUACCAUCUGAAGAUGAAAUCAGUUAUCUGAAUUCUAUCGUUGACUUCUUUGAUUCCAACAUAAUAAGCACCAGCAAUUCCAGCACCAGCAAUUCCAGCACCAGCGAUUCAAGCACCAGCGACUCAAGCACCAGCGAUUCAAGCACCAGCGGCUCAAGCACCAGCGAUUCAAAUGGUGAGGACGACUCUGUAACUCCCUUAUGCAAGUCAUGUUGCAGUUUGAUGUAACAGAUUUACUCGUUGCCCUUUAUUUCUGUAAUCAUUAUAGAUUCUAUAUAGUUUCUCGUCAUUUGUAAAACUCACAAAAUCUCCGUUAAUUUAAUGGAUCAAUUUUUGAACCUCGUCACCUUGUGAUAUCGAUGAACAAUCCAUUCUUUAUUAGUUUUCUCAUGUCUAAAUUACAUAACCUUUCUUUAAAAAUUUCCAAUAGCUGGACAGGGUACCGCGGUUAUAUAUAAGCAGUGCUCGGUAUGGCUUCGUACUUUGCCUUUAAUAUUUAUUUUUCGCUUCCAUUCACAUAUUCUGUUCUUACUUUUUCGUAUGUUGACUGACAAAUUUGGAUUCUAAAAUAUGAGGACUGAGAAACUGACAUUGUUCAAGAAAUACUUGUAUGUAGGAGCAUUAACAUUUUAGCUAAUAUAACCUUCCUUUGGCUGUGCCGAAUCUACAUCCAA